AUGCUGUUCGGGAAUCUCCUUGGGCUUGACCGUAACAACGAGCGUAACAACGAAUAUCAAUCGAUGCCAGUCAGUCAGUCAUCAGGUGACCACCACCCAAGUAAACACAUCAUCAAAAAUGUAAAACACGGACGUGAAAGGGUGGCAGAUGCAGAUGGUGGGAGUGCUGGGUGGAAUCGGGAUGGAUGUUCCCAGGACAUGGGUGGUAAUGAUGAAGGAAGGAUAGGAACGGGAUCCAUUUAUUGGAGGGGUGCGAAAUUCCUCUCCGAAAUGUAG